AUGGAAGAAGGCGAAUAUUCGUCUUUUUUACAAACAAAAUUGAUUAUUCCUGUGGUAUCUAUUGGUAAUGUACCUCAACUUGCAGUUGAUCUUCUUAUACACUCUGCACGGCUUUCAAGAAAAAUUAUGCUUGAUCAUUCUCUCCUUUAUCCUUUUGCAGGUGCUCGGGAGGAUGCAGGUGUAUCUUUCUGUGGAGGAAUUGCAACAGCUUUAGAUGUUUUUGGUAACAAUGAAAUCACAAUUAUUCAGCAAAGAUCCCCUGUUCUACCAGGAAAGAAAAAAGAUUUUGUUAAAACAGUUUUAAUACCUUUUAUUAAAAAAGGAAGGUUUAGUGAAAUUCUUGUAUUAGGAUCAACAGAUGCAACUAGGAGGAAUGAUGCAGAAAUAAAAGGACCUAAGGAGUUUGUUUUAUCAACAUUUCAGACAGUUUCUGAGUUAUCAGAGUAUUUUUCAACUCUUAAAUUAAUAUCUGCAUCAGAAAAAACAUUUCCAAAAUUGCCGUCAUCUGGGGCUCUUGUUCCAUUGCUAGAAUAUGCUUUAUGCCAAAAUAUUCCAAUGACAGCACUAGUAAUGUAUGUUAUGGAAGGCGAUAAUACAGAAGAUGCUAAACAAAUGGCCAAAUUAGCAGCUAAAGCCUGUAAACUUGAUAAUCUUUCCGAAAACUUACAAAGCCCCAAAAGCUGGGAAUAUCUUUUUGGAAAAGAAUUGGAAAUAGGAGUCGAAGGAGGUAUGUUUUGGUGA